GUCAGACUCGUGGCAGAGGGGUCAGCGCGAGAGAAAGAACGACACGAACCGAACGUUUUCUGGACUUAGCGGGAACGUGAGAUAUCCGCGGAAGUAUGAACGACAUGGAAGCUUACGGGGACGGAUACAUGGAGCCAGAAGAGGAGUGGGAGAGGGAUGGUCUCCUAGACCCGGCUUGGGAAACACAGCAGAAAAAGACAUUCACAGCAUGGUGCAAUUCGCAUCUUCGUAAAGCGGGAACCGCCAUCGAAUUGAUCGAGGAAGACUUUAGAAACGGGCUAAAAUUGAUGCUGCUGCUCGAGGUAAUUUCUGGCGAGACUCUUCCAAGACCAGACAGGGGUAAAAUGAGGUUCCACAAGAUCACAAAUGUGAACAAAGCUCUUGCUUACAUUGCCAGUAAAGGCGUGAAAUUAGUUUCUAUCGGAGCAGAGGAAAUCGUCGAUGGCAACUUGAAGAUGACUCUGGGUAUGAUUUGGACCAUAAUUUUGAGAUUUGCUAUUCAAGACAUCUCUGUGGAGGAGAUGACCGCUAAAGAGGGUCUUCUGCUAUGGUGCCAACGCAAAACUGCACCGUACAAAAAUGUCAAUGUACAGAACUUCCAUCUAUCAUUCAAGGAUGGCUUGGCGUUCUGCGCCCUUAUUCACCGGCAUCGUCCCGAUCUUAUCGAUUACAAUAAACUUAGCAAGGAUAAUCCUUUAGAAAAUUUGAACACUGCCUUCGAUGUUGCUGAGAAGUAUCUCGACAUUCCUCGUAUGUUAGAUCCUGAUGAUUUGAUCAACACACCCAAGCCAGAUGAGCGUGCAAUCAUGACGUACGUGUCCUGCUACUACCACGCGUUCCAAGGUGCUCAGCAGGUCAGCGUAAAAGAAAUGCGUUCUGAUGCGAGGGCUGUGAUGACCUACGUUUCCUCAUACUACCACUGUUUUAGCGGUGCACAAAAGGCAGAGACUGCCGCCAAUAGAAUCUGCAAAGUUCUGAAAGUGAACCAAGAAAAUGAGAGGCUCAUGGAGGAGUACGAGCGGCUGGCAUCCGAUUUACUGGAAUGGAUACGGCGAACUAUGCAUUGGCUGGCUAGUCGUCAAACUGAUAAUUCCCUUGCUGGUUGUCAGAAGAAACUAGAGGAGUAUAGAACGUAUCGUCGUAAACAUAAGCCACCGCGUGUUGAACAGAAAGCCAAACUCGAAACGAACUUCAAUACCUUACAAACGAAACUGAGACUGAGCAAUCGGCCAGCAUACAUGCCAACAGAAGGAAAAAUGGUCUCCGACAUUAACAAGGCUUGGAAAGGUUUGGAGUUGGCAGAAAAAUCAUUCGAAGAAUGGCUGUUAUCGGAAAUGAUGCGCCUGGAGCGUCUGGAACAUCUGGCUCAGAAAUUCAAGCACAAAGCCGAUGUUCACGAGGAAUGGACCGCCGGGAAAGAAGAGAUGCUCACGUCGCAGCAUUUCCGACAGUGCAAACUUAACGAACUGAAGGCUUUGAAAAAGAAACACGAAGCCUUCGAAUCCGAUCUUGCGGCUCAUCAGGAUCGUGUUGAACAGAUAGCUGCUAUCGCUCAAGAGCUCAAUACCUUGGAGUAUCACGAUAGUGCCUCCGUUAACGCUAGAUGUCAACGAAUUUGCGAUCAGUGGGAUCGCUUAGGUACCCUUACUCAACGCAGGCGCCAAGCGUUAGACGAGGCCGAGCGCAUUCUCGAAAAGAUCGACAUUUUACACUUGGAAUUUGCUAAACGAGCUGCUCCGUUCAAUAACUGGUUGGAUGGAACCAGGGAAGAUCUAGUGGAUAUGUUUAUUGUUCAUACGAUGGAGGAAAUCCAAGGUUUAAUGGAUGCUCACGUUGCAUUUAAAGCAACUCUUGGCGAAGCUGAUAAGGAAUACAAUGCUAUCGUGGGAUUAGUACGAGAGGUUGAAUCAAUUGUCAAACAGUUUCAAAUCCCUGGAGGUCUUGAAAACCCGUACACUACUCUUACCGCUCUGGAUCUUACAAAGAAAUGGAGCGAUGUCAGGCAACUUGUACCACAACGUGAUGGUACGCUGCAAGCGGAACUUCGUAAACAACAGAACAAUGAAUUACUUCGACGACAAUUUGCUGAAAAGGCUAAUGCCGUUGGGCCAUGGAUAGAACGUCAAUUAGACGCUGUUACAGCCAUUGGUCUCGGUCUUCAAGGUACUCUGGAAGAUCAGCUACAUCGUCUGAAAGAAUACGAACAGGCUGUCUAUCAAUAUAAAGCUCAUCUUGAAGAAUUAGAGAAGAUUCACCAAGCUGUCCAAGAAGGCAUGAUAUUCGAGAAUCGAUACACCCAAUAUACGAUGGAAACGUUACGAGUCGGUUGGGAGCAGUUGUUAACUUCGAUAAAUCGUAACAUUAACGAAGUCGAAAACCAAAUUCUCACCAGAGAUUCUAAGGGUAUUACGCAGGAACAACUUAACGAAUUCCGUAGUAGUUUCAACCACUUUGACAAAAAUCGUACAGGCAGGUUGGCUCCUGACGAAUUCAAGUCCUGUCUUGUUUCUCUCGGUUAUUCCAUUGGAAAAGAUAGGCAAGGUGACAUUGACUUCCAGCGCAUCUUGGCCAUUGUUGAUCCAAAUAAUUCUGGUUAUGUACACUUUGAUGCGUUCCUAGACUUCAUGACACGCGAGUCUACAGACACCGACACGGCUGAACAAGUUAUCGAUAGUUUCCGUAUACUCGCUGGAGAUAAGCCAUACAUUUUGGCAGACGAAUUGAGGAGGGAACUGCCACCUGACCAGGCCGAGUACUGUAUUCAGCGAAUGCCUCCUUACAAAGGACCGAAUGCAAUUCCUGGAGCAUUAGAUUAUCGUUCUUUCUCCACCGCUCUAUACGGUGAAUCCGAUUUGUAAAGAUAUACAUAUGAAAAAUGAAGAAAACAUUUGGACGAUUCCCAUUUUAAAACGCAGGCCAAAUGAUAUCUGAAACAUACGUUUUGGUACUCUAACGCGCACCUUUACAAAAUAGAGAAUAGCUACGCGAUCCAGGAAUUAUUGUCUAGCCUCAAGACUAUAACGGUAUAAUAUUCGAAGCGUUUCAGAAAAAGGGGCUCUAAUAUAUUUAUACGUGUCACGAGUGUAAGCAAUUCUUAAUUCGUGAUAUUUUUUUAACGUAAAGGAACCUUACAGCCAUACCGAUAAAUUUUCAUACACCAUUUUGGUAUUUGCAUUAGGAUGAUUACCUCCAUUACGAAGCAAAAUCGACGUACAGCUCUCGAUGAUGGUCGUCCGUACUUAAAUAAGUCUGUACAGUGACAAUAAAUAUUUAAUUUAGAUACCUUAACGUUAAAAGAAUAGCACAAUCGAAUAUACAACAGGUUCUUAUAGAACGUUCGCUUCUUGCCUAUGUCUACGAUGAGUCCUAUAAUGAGUAAGUUAAUGUUUCAAUUGUAUAUAAACAUCCCCGAGAACGUCACACGAGUACCAAUAAUAGAGAAAAUAAUAAGCAUUUCCUUUUCGCAAGCGUUCCAGAAAAGAAGAGAACGACGAAACUGUGCGGAAGUGUAUGUAUAAUUUAUGCUAAAACAAAAGAAACGUGAUCGAACAAUUUAUCGCGCACAAUGUGUUGUAGCGUGCGUCGAAAUA